AUUUUGAUCAGAUAUACUUAACGAACGACUUUAAACAAGUAAAUGAAUCAGUGUCCCUUUGCAUAGUCAACUCUGUGAAAAAAGAAGGCAAAAUAAGGAAGAAAAGAAGAAAAGAAAAAGGAUAUUGCCAUAAAUGAAUAGAAGCGUUCCUGUUCAUCUCAUUGCGUGAUACAAGACUCCAUUGUGAGAACUUUUUUUAUAAUUAUCCAACCUCUAUUAUAGGAAUCGCACAAGUUUUUCCUUUUUUUUGUUUCUUUUUUCUUGUAUGCAUUAAAAUCGGAGGAAUGAAAUUAGGAUCUGCUGUCUAUAGAUUUUUGGUGCAGGAUUAUCAAAACAUAUGGAUGGUAUCCAUCAUGGGAACCGCCAUUUCUGCUAACAUUUUGUAUAGUUUUCCUUAUAGUGCACAAUGGCUACGCAUUUGUUCGUACAUCAUGUUUGGAUGUGCUCUUAUAUGCUUUUUUUUAAACACCAUCAUCUUUUUCUUGAAAUAUGUCGUCUACAGAUCGUACCUACCAGAUGGGAAGACGUUUUAUAAUGUAGCAGACACCUUGUGUUUAGGCUGCUAUGGUAUGGGAUUGUCAAGUAUCAUCAAUAUGCUAUGUUAUUUGACUAACCCUUCAUCCACGCCACAAAAUUGGGUCAAUUUUAUCUAUAUUAUUUGGAUUUUCAAUACCGUAAUGUCUUUCUAUACCUCGUGGGUGAUAUUUUCGUUUGUGUUUACCAAACGAGUAACCUUUCAAUUUUCCACCCUCUUAGGAAAUAUCGUACUUCCUUUUGUUCCAUUGACAGUUGCUUCUGCAACUGGAACAGUCGUAGCUCAAACCUUUUGGUCUCGCCUGAGUCGUACAAUAUUCUUAAACACCAUCAUUACCUGCUAUAUUUGUUGGGCCAAUGCUGUUUCGGUGGGCUUUUGUGUCAUUGGUAUCAUUAUAUGGAGAUUGAUUUUCUACAAAUAUCCAGAUAGUCCUGUUGCUUUUACUCAAUUUGUCCCUAUUGGUGUGCUUGGUCAAGGUGCUUUCGGGAUUAUCAUGCAAGCACUAAAUAUUAAGACAUAUGCGCAUAACUAUCUACAAAAUAUUUCGUCUGUUAAUAUCUAUACCAAUGUUUUGUUAAUAAUUUCUGGAUUUUUAUCUCUAUUUUUGAUCUCUCUUGCCUAUUUUCUUACCUUUGUUGCUUUCUUUGGUGUUUUCACUCAUGGGGUACGACACGACUUUACAGUUCUAUGGUGGGCUAUUACUUUCCCAUUAGGUACUAUGUCAAUCUCCAAUUCAAAACUUGGUGAAGUAGCGCAACUUACCUUUUUCCGUGUUCUUGGUGCCAUUUACGGUGUUGCCUGCAUCUUUAUUACCAUCGUUUGCAUUCUCGGAAGCCUCUACUUGGGAGUCCUUAAGUUUCGCAAGGAAUUUUUUCAACAGAAUCUAGACAAUUCGUUACCUAUAUCUGUCACAGAUGAGACAAAGCGAGCUUCUAGCGGGCGCUCCUCCUAAAUGCCAUACACGAUCGUAUCCCUCUUGCUUUUUCGUAAAAAGCAAAGUGUUUCCUUUAUCUCGAAUUCCGACCAUUAGUUGUGCAUUUUUUGAUAUUCUAAACAAAAAACGAGAACCAUUGACCUUAAAGAAACGAAGAUACACCAAUAAAUACAGGUGAUUCCAUAACCCGUCAAACAAUGGUUCUGCUAAGGAAUAAAACAAAACUCCCUUAUACCUUUCUUUUGAUAAUUUAUAUAAGUAUUUAAUCUGGUUAUUCGAAUCUGGAAUUCUUUUUAUAUGUAAAAACUAGUUAAGAAUGCAACUUUUCCUUUUGUUUAUAUUACAUUAAUAUACACUUUUAUUGUUGACUAGUGUAGUGAGGGAAAUUAAUAAAUCCUUAAACGAAAUUCCGAG